UAGCAUAGUUGCCAAACUCAACUUCUUCUCCUCCAACUCUUUGUCCUCCUCCAUAUAAAGAGUUGCAGAUUUGAUUUUGGGUUGCAACCCAUCUUUGAAUAUCAACAACAAAAGCUUUUGAAGGUUGGCGAUAAUGGCGAUCGACAACAACGGACUAAAAGACGAGCUUUUGGAGCCGGUAUACCAUGAGAAUUGCCCGGGUUGCAAAGUGGAUCGUGAUAAACGAAUGCAAACCGGAUUUCCCUUCAAAGAUCUCAUUUUUAUAUGGGUGGUGGUGUUAUGUGUUGCACUCCCUAUAUCAUCUCUCUUCCCGUUUCUCUACUUCAUGGUGAGAGAUUUUAACAUUGCGGAGAAAGAGGAGGACAUUAGUUACUAUGCAGGCUUUGUCGGGUCUGCAUACAUGAUUGGAAGGGCAUUGACAUCCGUAUUCUGGGGAGUAGUGGCUGAUCGAUAUGGUCGAAAACCAGUUAUUAUUUUGGGCACGUCGACAGUGGUUAUUUUCAACACACUUUUCGGUUUUAGUGUCAACUAUUGGAUGGCUAUUAUUACAAGGUUUCUUCUUGGCUUUUUAAAUGGGUUACUUGGACCUAUAAAGGCAUAUGCAUUGGAACUUUUCCGGGAUGAAUAUCAAGCUUUAGGACUGUCAGCCAUCAGUACAUCAUGGGGCAUAGGACUGAUCAUUGGCCCGGCGUUGGGUGGUUACCUUGCACAGCCUGCAGAGAAUUUUCCAGGUCUAGUAUCUCCGGAUUCUUUAUUCGGGAGAUUUCCGUAUUUGUUGCCUUGCCUUUGUAUCUCCGUUUUCGCGCUUUUUGUGACCAUCGGUGCAAUCUGGCUUCCGGAAACGUUGCACUUUCAUAAGAAGAACGAGUUGGAGUCUGCUUCCUGUGUUAUUGAUGCUGAGGAUAAAACAGAUGAGAAAAAAGAUUCCUCCUUAAUAAGCCUCCUCAAGAACUGGCCGUUAAUGUCUUCUAUCAUUGUCUAUUGCGUUUUUUCGCUCCAUGACAUGACUUACACAGAGGUUUUCUCUUUGUGGGCUGUGAGCCCUAAGAGUUUAGGCGGCCUGAACUAUACUACCGAGGAUGUUGGUACAGUCCUGUCUAUCACAGGGGUGGGGCUUCUCCUUUUCCAGACUUCAUUAUAUCCAAUGGCACAAAGAAUGUUCGGCCCCAUCGGUGUAGCUCGCAUCUCAGGAGUUUUGUCUAUACCUCUACUCACAUCGUAUCCAUACAUAGCGUUGUUAUCAGGCUUCAUGCUCACGUUUACGUUAAAUCUUGCAUCGAUCGUGAAGAAUGUUUUAUCUGUGUCUAUCAUUACCGGCACGUUCAUGCUGCAAAAUAAAGCUGUGGAUCAACACCAAAGAGGCGCGGCCAAUGGUAUAGCCAUGACUUUGCAGUCAAUUUGCAAAGCAAUUGGUCCUGCAUGUGGAGGAGCACUUUUGUCAUGGUCCCAAAAGAGACAAAAUGCAACAUUUCUUCCUGGAGACCAGAUGAUAUUUUUCUUCUUGAAUGUGAUUGAAGGAAUUGGAGUUCUACUGACCUUCAAGCCAUUUUUGAUCACAAAUCAUUACUAGUUGGUGGCACUUGAAUUAAGCUUCAGCCUAUAGAUCCAUAGUUGUUUAAUAUAUCUGAUUCUUCAGGAACCCAAGGACUCUUGUUUUUGGGUUACUAUAAUUGUCCAAAUAAACAUUUUUUUUAUAUUGACUUUCUACAAAGUCAACCAUAUGGGCCUCUAGCUUUGUAUUGUAUAGUAUUAAUGAAUUAUGUUUAGGCUGUGGAUGUCAUUCAUUUUGUCAAGGGGGUAAAAAAAGUUUAAAGUAUAAGAAAUGUCAAUGAUUUGUCUCAA